AUGGGGACAGGUAAAUGUUGACUUACUUUUGUUUCCUUCUGUUGCUCUUCUCAUUUUCUAAUGUUUUUUUCUCAUACUUUCGCCUUUUUUGAAUUCUUCUUGUUAAUUCUAUGCCCAGGUCCUCCUGGAAUUAAUCCUGAGCACAAGAAUCAGUCGGUUACAUAUAAUUCAUCGCCUCAGUUCAAAUGCUCAUUUAGCGGUUUCCCGACACCUGAGAUACUCUGGACUAAGGAUGGGGUGAAUCUCACUAACAACAAUACUCUCACGAUUCGUCAAGCGCGAUUGGAAGACUCUGGCAAAUACACAUGCAGCGCCGAAAAUAUCGAGGGGAGCAGAAACUCAACUUUCUGGAUCGAAGUGGCGGGAGGUACGGUUUUCAUUUGCAUAUAGAAAGAGCUGAAGUCGCGGACCAAUUUAAAUCUUUAGUUAGAUGAGGAAAAAAAAAAUCGAUUCUCUCGGUACCAAAUCAGAUUUAAGGACUUGAAACUGCACAAAGUUCAAAACUAAUUAAAAAUAAUAAAAAAGUACUAAAUUGAUGAUAACAUUUAAAGAGCGAGAACAUGCCAAAGUAUAUAUCAAAUCUAAAUGAAUUUUGUAAUCAGACACAUGUAAUUAAUUUUUGUGCAGUUUAAACUGAUUGCUUUUUGGAACGUCGAGCAAUUUUGACUUUAUAGAUAUCACCAUAUUUUGUCACGGCAUUUAUUAUAAAAGUCUGUCUAAAUUUUUAAUUACCCUUUUUUCUGCUUCUGACAAGUCAUGAUUUCAUGUACAUUUUUAGAAGUGGUAAAAGUGUACGCGUCACAGUAUGCCAAAGCGGCCAUCAAUGCCUUAGUUUCUAAGUAUUUAUUAUUGAAGUUGGAAAGCGAUUUUUUAGAAACAUCCAUGUAAACUUUUCAUUGAGUUGAAAUUUGAAAAAUCAGCGACCAAAACUGCAAAGAAAUACAUGAAAAUAUUACCGCUGUUACGUCGUUAUGAACUUGUACUCUUGCUACAACGGACAAUCUGCGUGAUUAAAGUGACAGAUUUAACGUAACGUUUUCAUAGAAUGCAAAUAUUUUGAUCAUUAUUAUCUGGCUAUUCUUCAAUGUAAAUGUGUAGUUUGAUCUUAGAGAAACUGGUGCUCUUUGAACAUGGUUUUUACACCAAAAACUAGUAAGAAAAUUACGAAGAAAUUAAUAAAUAGGAAACUAAAUUGUUACCUCCUGGGCUGUUGCUAAGAUAGGAAAUCUUUUAAGGAAAUAAAACAUGUUUUGAUGUCACAUUGGGCUGACCUAUACCUUCCUAUAUCAAAAGUGAAGAAAACUGAUUGCAGAAUAAAAUUGGAUUAAAAAUAGGCUCGGCAAUAACGUAGUUUGCUUUCAUUUUGAAACUAGUUAAUUUAGGGUUGGAUAAGGGAGGAGGGAGAGGGGGUUAAAAAGGAAAAUGCGACCCUUUGUUUAGCUUGAUGAUCUUUUUACUUCAAGUCUCUCCCCAGAUCAUUCAGCCUCCGAAAAGCCAAUCUGUUACCGAAGGAUACCCUGUAAACCUUAGUUGCGUAGCCUCAGGUAUUCCAACACCAACCUUCGUCUGGACUUUUAAUAAUGGUGACCUGCCAUCUGGUAUCAAUCAAACCGAUCACGAAGAAGAAUCAUUCCUAGUUUUGCCAAGUGUCAUGAAAAGGAUGAAUGGGACUUACAAGUGUACAGCAAAAAACAAAGUAAACACAACCAGUUCCUCAGCAACUCUGCGUGUUUAUGGUAAGUUCAGUUAUAAUGAUAUUGAUAAGGAUGAUGAUGAUGAUGAUGGUAACGACGACGAUGAUGACGUUGAUAAUGACGAUGAUAAUGUUGAAGAUGAAGAACAGAAAUAGGGAGAGAAGAAAUUAAGACAGGAAAAUGAACUCGUAAAUCCAUGGGCAAUGUCGACUGAGAAAAGGCAGUAGCGUAGAGAGAGUUUAGGCAAACUCUGCCCAUUUGUAGAGAAGGCAGAUCACGCUAUCUAACGGUUAAAUAUUUAUCCGGUCAAUGUGUGAUAGUAAAACGUAAAGCGUUAUCCACUAGAUAGAGUUUUAUUUUGUGGAUAGUGUUAUCUACCCUUCAAACGACCGGGGUCUGACCUUCAAAAAACGGAUGAUACCAGUGCUUAAUGCUAAUGUCCUUGGAUCUUUAUGAUUCCAAACGCAAAGAACUGCGUAGAUCUGAGUAGGAAAGAAACGCCUCUAUCCUAUCCAGCUAUCCAGAUAGCUCUCUAUCUGGAUGGUUGGUGAUAUUAAUUUUUAUUUUUAAUGCCGACCAGCAAAUUACUUUCCCACUAAGUUUCCUCUAUUGUUAUAUAUCAGGAAAAAUAGAGGCUCCCUCCAGCGGCUCACCUCCCUCCAGCAGCUCACCUCCCUCCAGCAGCUCACCUCCCUCCAGCAGUUCACCUCCCUCUACCAGCUCACUGGAGUGGUACUAUAUUGGAGGACCUUUGGCUGCUAUCGUUUUUCUACUGGCGCUAAUUUCAUACAUUAAAAAACGCCGUGAGACAGGUAAAAUGUUACUAUACGAAAAUAAAAUGUCUUCAUAUGGCAGAUUGUGGCUUUUAAUACGUCAGUGUUUUGGAGCACGAAGGAGCUAUUUUAAGCAGGUCAUAUUCUGCAUUUCAAGCACCGAUAUUGAAGGUCCCUCUACAGUCCCGGCAAAGCCCAUUACUAAUCACAUAACAAAAAACGUUAUAAAUUAUAUGAAACUAAUCACCAUGAUAACCCACCUUAUUCCUUCUCCUGUUGUUUGACAAUAGAGUCAAAUAUAAGUUACACGUGGUUUCUGAGUCGCAAGCUUCAACUUAGUGAAUGAUGUCAUUCUUACUCACAACGAAGCGAUUUCUUUCAUCUCUUUCCAUAUAUCCUUUGAUAAUAGCCCCACCUGAGGUACCACCCAGGCUGCAGUAAGUGAAUUCUCUUUUUUUUUAAUGCUCACUGUUUGAACGUGUGGUUAUUUCCGAAGUUUCUAACUCUUGAAUAAGUCUCAGGAGAGUAGUGAUAAGCGCCACUGCUGAGCGAAUGUCUUUUUAUCAGUUUUUCAGUUUGGACUGAUUAUAUUCACCAUCAAGACCACAUGGGCCAAAAUAAAAUGUUUUUUCCUUUCGAAGCAAUGGCAGAUUUCGAAGCCGUUCUUAUCAAAUGGUAUCUUUGUAUCUUUCUUUUCUUUUGUUACCAGUAUGCCGGGUUGUGGGUGGCAUACUUGUAAAGAAGAAGAAAAGCUUUGACCCUUCGUCACUCUUUGUUACAUAAACUACAAUUGAAAUACACUCGGAGUCUUUUAGACCGAUUUAAAAUACCACUCGAUAUAUCGAUUGUAGACAGUACUUCGGAUGGUUUUAAUUAGUAUUUCAUUUCUCGCGUUGGAGGCACGAUAUUUAUAUGACGUAAAAUGCCGAAAAACACAGUCGGCGCUAGGUUUAUUCAAUAAAAUCUCCUCUCUGAGUCGAUGCGUCGAAAAAACGGGUUUAGCAAAUUAGCAUCAAAAUUUCACUUAUUUCAAUAAUUUUUUCAUUGGCAAGUGAUAAUUUUCUGAAGCACCCGGAAAUGAAACGAAAAGAAAAAAAUUAAAGUGAAGAUAUAGAGGAUAUCUUUACCACGUUAUGUUAAACCAGAUUCAAGGAAGGAAAAGAUAGAUGGGUAACAGCAAUAGUUGAAGUCUUGUUUCCAUCUGCAAUUAUUCAGUGAAGGGGAAGAUGAAGUUGAGAUGGAUCAGCUGAACGCAAACACAGAUGGAUGGGAAAUUGCAGUUGAGCGCCUGAACUUUCGCGAGUAUAUUGGCAAAGGGGCAUGUGGUUCAGUAUGGCGAGCGCUACUGGGUCGUUCUCGAGGCAGACCUGGAAAUCGCACGGUUGCUGCGAAAUGCUACCUACGUAAGUACUUUUUCAGAUCUUUCUUUCAUACAAAGCUUGAUUAAACUAUCCUUUUUUAAUUUAUCUUAAUAAAGACUAUUUCACUUAGAACAUGCUUUAUUUACGUACCUGAUACAUAACAUGGAUAGCAUAAAAACUAUGCGUUGUUAAAAUGAUUUUCCAGCUGGCAUGUCAAAUUGUUGGCGGAUGGUUCCCGGGGGACCAGUUGUUAAGUCUUUUGUCAUACAACGCUACUAACACACAACAGAACACGAAUAUCAUUUGAAGUAUUAGAAGCUGUGGAGAAAAAUUACAAAUUUAUCGGUUAAAUUGCAUUCAAACGAAUAAAAGCGGAAAAUACUAUAAUACUGAAAAUGUCACUCCGUCGUAUAUUUUGUGAAAUUGCUCGCUUAUAAACUUUUGAUAGGAAAUAAUAUCAUGUGACCUCAAAGAAACCUCGAGAGGGUGAGUCUGGCGAAAAACACUCGGAGCCGUUUGCCAGUCUAGUGGUGGUGGUAUGAUCUUCUUCCGCUGGAAAAGCUGAAAAUCACAAUGCAAUAGAACCUGUAUGAAGCAGUCACCUUGUAAUAAGCUAUCGGUUUUCAAAGUCCCGAAACUUUCCUCCUUUACUUAUAGUGCUUUUUAUUUCAAGCAGUUGUGGUCACCCUUUACUGUGGCCCAACAGCCUAUUUGUAAUGUUCCCCACCUUUAUCGAACGGUCACUAAAGCGGGAGUAAUCAAAUAAAAUUAAGAAUAAUCUUUCAAGUGAAAUUUAAUCCAUGUUUAUCUCCCAAAAUCAAUGUUAGGAAUAUUUUUGAGCGAGGUUAAGUAUGUUAAGUGGUCCGUGAUGACAUAGGGUGGCAUUUUUAAACUUUUAUCAAUAGUAGCCCUACUCCGAGGAACCAAUAUUAAACGGUCAACCUUUUUCCGUGCGUGACCGCUAAAUACAGGUUCGACUGUAACAAGCUUACAGAGUCAAAUGAAUUUACAAUAACUCUGGGAAUGCUUACGAAUUAUUGUAGCUUUUAAUAAGAUAAAAGCAAGGAUUAUCUAAUUUAUGAACUAGCAUGUAUUUGCAGCAUGUGUUUAAAAAAAAACUGUCUCAAAUAUAUAUUCGACCGACUAUUAGGUAUUAUAACAGAUAGAAUUUCUAGGCUUAAUUGCGUCUCUACUUUUGUAAGUUAUCUGUCAACAAUUGCAUGGUUCAAUGGGCUUGCCUAGUUAACAACAAUGCUCGAGAUGUGCAGCGUUUUCUUAGCAAAUAAUUUUUUCAACGAGGAUGAAUCUAUUUUGGAAAUUUCAUGUUCAAUACAAUUGAAAAAUACGGCUAACUGACAUUUUUGUGGCAAGUAUGGAUUAUAUGGAGUUUAGUAAACGAAUUUUUUUUUUUAUGUAGACCAAAUGCAUUAUAAUUUGCGCUGGUAAGAUAACACCAAGCAUACAACAAUUCCAGAUGUGGAUGUUUACCACAUAAUUAAUUGUGUCUCUCUUGACAUGCAAAGUUUGUUUGUUUAUCUAGUUUUUGUGUGGUUUCCUAGCAAUCUCCGGAGAGAAAGGAAGGAAGGCCCUGCUGAGAGAGAUCGAGUUAUUAAAACUCUUUGGAAGGGAGGGCCAUGAAAAUGUUGUUAAGUUCAUUGGUUGUGUCACAGUUGGAGGUAAUCAGCUAUUGUUAUGAUUAUAAUCAGCUAAUUCACAGCAACGAUUGAGACAUCUCUGAGUUCAACCACUGGUACAAUUACUUCUAUCAGUAUUUUUAGUCUUUGCUAAGAUGGUGUACUAAUUCAAUGGUUAUUAUCAAUUUAUUGACUGUUUUAAAUGAAUUUACUUCGCACUGUAUGAGGGGCAUUUUACUUGGAAGAUGUUAGCUCUAAAAUCUACAUGCUAAUUGUGAUAAAAACUUCAACUUACGAUGGCAAGUCUUUGUCUAUUAAUCUGCCGUCUCUGCUUUUUCUGUCUGUCUGUCUGUCUGUAGAUUUCUAUCGGCCGUAUGUGUCCGUCUAUUUUCUAUCUGUGUGUUUUCUUCUUUCACUUUCCCUCUCUGUCUCUACUUUGAUUCAUUACAGAUAUAACCUGAGGUAUAACUAGAUAAAGCAUGUACAAUUCAAACACGUUUUGGAACUUCUGCACUGCUUGCCGUAAAAUAAUUUUCUUGUUUUUCCCUUUUAGCUCAGCCGAUACUUAUCAUGGAGUACCUGUGGCGAGGUGACUUGCUGGGUUAUCUCAGAAAAUCCAGGGGGGUUUUCGACCAAUAUCAUCAUGGGGUCGGAGGGGUCGACCACUUGACAACAUAUGACAUGGUGCUGUUUGCUAAACAGAUCGCACAUGGUAUGACUUUCCUCGCGUCCAGAGGGGUAAGUGCUCAAACUCUUUCUGAUCAGCAUGUGGUCCUGCAUGUGAUAAAAUAGCAUGACUUGCAAAUCGUCAAAGUAAUACUCCAUACGGCUAAAAAUAUCCAGCGCAUUAGAGUCACUAUUUCACCGAGAAAUGGUCUGACAUUAGCAUGAUGUUAAACUUUCUACCUAUAUUUUACUUUUUUAUUUUAUGUAGUUUAUAAAAGCCCCUUUUAGCAGAUCAUAUAAUUAUUUGUUUUCGAUUUCAGAUAAUUCAUGGCGAUCUUGCAGCUCGUAACAUCCUUCUUGAUGAGCAUCGUGUCUGCAAGUUGACUGACUUUGGGCUCUCCUAUCAGGAUUUCAAAUAUGGCCCAGGAAAUGCCAAGAAGGUAAUUUUCAGAAUUUUUUCACCAUUUAGUCAAUUGGUUUUGGGGCUGCUGGUAUGGAAGAUAAAAAUGUGAAGAAUUAAAAUAUUACUGUCCUUACAAACCUUUCUUUUCAGUUGUACAGUCUUACUGCAAAACAUAUUUCCCUUUGACGGGAAGCCAUUCUAAGCGUAUCGAAGCUUUCACAGAAAAAAAAAUUUGUACCUAGGGAGUGAACACAGGAAAUAAUAAAGCCGGAAGAGGCGGAAGAGAUAUCGUUCUCUGAAUAACAAAGAUACAAACUCGAAGGGCAAAGUAACACAGGAAAUUUAAAGCAAAAGGAGUGUGUGAAUUGUUUUCAAAGAAUUUGUACAAAGGUGUCUACUGCUGUUGACUUUAUCGUGAAUCUUCACAUCACAGUUUUAAUCUUAUAUGCAAAUUAUUUUAGGAGCUGUAUACAAGCCUCCUUAGAUUUCAGAUGUUUAUAAUAUUUUGGUUACUCAUCCAGGGAUGUAUCCCAAUCAAAUGGACUGCACCCGAGAUUCUCUUUGGACAUGUGGCGCAGCUGUCAACCAAAAGCGAUGUGUACGUACUGUAUUGGUUAUUAUCUACAUAUAUUCCAUAAGUGAAUAUUUUUUACGAUUCUACCUUAACGUAGCGAGGGAAACUAGAAUAUUCAGUGCUCUAUUGAUUAGAGGGUCAUCAGGAAGCGUCAAGCUGAGGAACAGCUGAGGUUACAGAUGUAGUAUGAGACUUUAUAUGAAUAUUAAGUUUAACGAGCAAUAUCCACAAUCUGUUAAGGACAAGAAAAGACGGAUGAAAGGAUGAGUGGAUAAUCAAACUAAAAAAUAUGGCGUUUUCUCUUAGGGAGGUUGCUUAUAUCUUGAUGGCAUGUUUCUAAACAUCCCAAGUAUCUGAGUAAUUAUUAUCUUUCUAACCCAGUUGAGAUAUAUCGUCAUCCUUCCAUUUCUUUGACAGGUGGUCCUACGGCAUCGUCUUGUAUGAAAUCUUCACUGUCGGUACUUAACUUAUUUGGUACUUUAUAUUCAGGAAAUAUACCUGCCGAAAUUUCACGCAUAAUUACUAACUGAUGAGUGAUACCGAGCGGACAAAAGAGCAUUGUACAAUAGAGAAGUAGAAGCAACUCUCAAUGUCGCUGAUAAAUAAAAUUAUGACGAUGCAUAGUAACUUGAAAUAAAGCUUAAGUUUAAGUAGAACUGAAAGUAUUCAGUACAUUAUUGAAAAACCUUAAAUCCAUCGCUACACUUAAAUUUGUUUUUUUACAGUGCUCUUUCAUCUGAUGUAAAACCGAAGUGUAUUUCAGCAAUUAAUUGUCGUUUUGACAGAAGAAUCAUUUCCAUCGCGCUGAGAGGAAUGAAAGUGAUUACAACAAAAAAAGUGUGCUUUUUUGGCCAACAGAAAAAAACAUUAUUUUUCCACAGGAGGCAUUCCUUACGAAGGAUGGUCUCAAUCCACGACAAUGAAAAAAAUCGAAGAAGGUUAUCGUCUACCAAAGCCUGAACAUAUCGACGACAGUUUGUAAGUGUUGCUUCCUCUGUGUGGAAUGUUGUAUAAGUCAAAAGCAACAUCGAUUGCUGCUGUGGUCAGGUGUUUUUGAUACAUUCGCUCUGAAUAAGUAGCCUUCCUAAGAAAAUGAUUUUAUCUUGUCAGAAUUCGUUUGAGCUGCAAUGUAAUGAGAUAAACUUAUCAUUUCAGUUAUUUUUGUAACUAUUUGUGGUUUCUCAACUUUGCUACUUGCAAUAUGUCCCUGCGUUUUUCUAUAGAUACGCGGUGAUGUUAAACUGCUGGAAAUACGAAAACGCCAGCCGGCCAGACUUUGUGAAGCUGUACCAAACAAUGGAUACAUAUAUUAAAACAAAGGUUUGCCAUACAGCGUCUAAUUCAGGAUAUACUUCAGAAAUUGAAAUCGGUAUCCUACCAAGUCAAUUGCGAAUUUCUUUUCACGUCAAUGUGAUGUCAAAACGCAUUAACUACCCAGCCGCUAACAAUUUGUGAAUUCAGUUUCGUCAUGAACCAAUGUUACUUUUAAACAUAUGCAAGUGUGGUUACGUUAUGUCAAUCUGGAUCACCCUUAUUUCCCUCUGUUGUCUACACACAAGAAAGAACGGAACAGAUCUUAAAAUAACACUUUUGGAGAACUUUGACAGAAAGGAAGACUUUACCUGACUUUUAUUCUUAUCAAUUCAUGCAAGUACUAAUGGUUCUUGUCUUUGUGAUUGAUAUCUGAUCCGCUCUUUUUUUCCUUUUUAGUGACUCUUUUUUGGAAUUUCUUUGUUGAAUUUUUGAAAUUCAUUCGUUCAAGAUUUUUUUAACUCAUACAGUUCUUGAUUACCUUCUAAUCUUUUUCAUAGACAUAUGUAGAUAUCUUUGGCGAUGACAAGUAUGAUCAGGAUAAGUACAACUUUGUCGAUGACCGUGGAGCUGUUGCAAACCCAGAAGAUGCAGGACCGGACGAGCUAGGAGCAGCUACAGCAAAUCCCAUCAGUGAAGUGGGUGAACACGGUGCUACGGCACAUCCCUUUCCGGUUGCAGUGGACGAUGAUGCUACAGCUUUCCCUCUUGGAAUUAACGUAGAAGACGAAGGAGCACCUGCAACAGAUCCCGACCGUGAAGUGGGUGAACACGGUGCUACGGCACAUCCCUUUGUGAUUGCAAUAAACGAUGGUGCUCAAGCUUUCCCUUUCGCUAUUAACGUACCAGAGAAAGGGGCAGCUGCAAGAAAUCUCGCCCAUGAAGUGGAUAAGCACGGUGCUGCUGCACAUCCCUUUGUGGUUGCAAUUGACGAUGGUGCUACAGCUUUCCCCUUCGCUAUUAACUUACAAGACGAAGGGGCAGCUGCAGGAAAUCUCGCCCGUGAAGUGGGUAAGCACGGUGCUACGGCACAUCCCUCUAUGGUUGGAAUUGACGAUGGUGCUACAGCUUUCCCUCUCGGAAUCAGAGUAGAAGAAGAUGGUUGUACAGCAUACCCUUUUGAGAGUGAUAAGAAAGAUAUGGAUGCCCAAGCGCACCCUUUUGAGAGUGAUACUUUACCAUACCUUAGCGAGAACGAGAAAGAAGAUGUUGAUGACUCCGAGUGCCCUCUUGCGAUUGAGGAAGAAGAAAUUGAUCCUUUACCAUCCUCCCUGGAGAUGGACGAAGACAGUCUCGCUGCUUCAGCAUGUCCCCUUGUGACUGACGAAGAAAAUUCUGAUUCUUUAGCAUACCCCCUUGUGGUUGAGGAAGAAGAUUCCAACAACUCAGCAUGCUCCCCUGUACCUGGGGAAGAAGAUUUGGAAGCCACAGAAUGCCUUUCUGUUACUGAAAAAGAAGAUCCUACCUCUUUCGCACGCUCCGCAAAUGAGGUGAACAAACUCGGUGCCUCACCAUUCCCUUGUGUGAUCGAAAAAGAAGAUCUUGAUUCUUUAGAAUACAAUCCUCUGAUCGAAAAAGAAGGCCUCAGUGAAUUCGUCUUCCCUCCAGAAAUUCAAACUGAUGACGAAGAAGGUGUAACAAGUGGAACUGAAAAUACCGUUGGUUAUGAAGGUGCUGUGGCAGUUCAAUCUGAAAAGGAGGCAGUAGAAGAAGAACCUAAGACUUGCCAACUAGAGUACACGAAAGAUGAACAAGACGAUCUUGGAAACUAUAUGGACGACCGAAGUGAUGCUGUGGACCUUUUUGACGGAGACGCUGGCGUACAAGAGUAUGAUGGUAAUCAACUUACUGCUGCGGAUAUAGACGAAACUGGAGGUGACGAAGACGAGGAGUCAUCUGAAGCAACUCCUCUUGUGCAGGACUGA